AUGCAACAAGGCGGCUUCAUGCCGUACUCGUACGGCUCGCAACAGAACAUGUCUUCCAGUUUCAACUUUGGAAAUUCUGGAAUCGAUACCGAUGAACUGCUCGACCUGGAAAUCAACGGACAGAACGGCGUUGCCCGUGGCGAUAACAUGAACUACAUGCAGGACCAGUCCGGUGGCAUCGCCAUGAGUCACCAGAGUCAGAUGUCCCACCUCUAUUCCAAUACCCCAGAUAACGCCCCGAUGGCCAGUCCAUUUGUCCACAACAGUUUCAACUAUGAACAGUUCCGAAUGAACCAACAGAACAACCACCUUCAGAAUGCCAGCUCCUUUGACCAGAACUACAUGAACAACAAGUCGCGACCGAGUUUGCAGGCCAUGGAUCGGACCUCAUCGGAUGCCCGCAGCCCCAGGACCCCAAAAACUCCCGCUUUGGGAUCAUUAACCUUAGGUACCCCGGAUUCCGGCAGCUUCCCCGGCCAGCCUAUUCGAACCGGUGGACUCCAGGCUCGCCAUCAGAAGACUCUGUCUAACCAAUGGGAUGGAACAUCAGGCAGCGCACACUCAUACGCCGAGUCCCCCAUCUCUUCCCCCGGCCAUCACUCACACCAUGCUGGCAUCUCCGAGAUCAUCAAAUCCGGCAAGCACGCCUCCUUGCCGGCCAAGGUUGACCAUUUGCCAGGUAGUGGCCAGGACCUGGAAUCACAAGAGGCCAAGCGCCGACGACGCCGUGCAUCACACAAUCUGGUUGAGCGCCGUCGCCGCGACAACAUCAAUGAGCGCAUCCAGGAUCUUUCUCAUUUGGUACCACAACACCGACUUGAGGAUGACAAGGUGCGCAAGCAGUUGGUGAAUAACAGCACCCUUUCCAUGGCCGGUGCUGGUGGAAACGCUGCGACCUCUCUUCUCGCUGGCGGCAACGGACGUCGUGCUACACCAGGCAACAUCACCAUGGGCCUCCCCAUCGAAGAGAAAGAGAAAGGACCCAACAAGGGUGAUAUUCUCAACGGCGCCGUCAGCUGGACUCGCGACCUGAUGUGGGCCCUUCAUAUCAAGUACCAGCAGGAAGCCGAGCUGGCCGAGAUGAUCAGUAGCCUCGGCGGCACCUGGCCCUUCGAGCCCACAGAAGAGGAGAAACGCAUGCGCAGUGAAAUUCUCGAAGCUCUUGAGAGAAACGACCCCAGCUCUUUUGCCUACACUCGUGGUCCUGGUAGCGGCCUUCGUGUCCCCAAGCACACCAACUUGGCCGGUGAUCCUGUUGGACCUGGCGGUGAAGGUCUCACCCCACCCAAUCUGAGCCCUCAAUUCCACAGUGGAUCCAGUAGCGCCAACGGCCAGCCCCAGUACUGGAGCAGUGCCGGCCACGCCGCCAUGAGUUUCAAGGAGGAGGAUGAAUACGGCAUGGACAUGUGA